AUGUCGCGCCUUGACGACAUACCUUCAAGCCCAGGCAAAUUCAAGAUGGAGAAAUCUUCCUACUUGCAUCGCCUCAGAUUCCAAUCGUCUCUCACAAAGUUCGCAUUCUUCUCCUUCUUCAUCCUCUGCCUCAUCUCCAUACUCUUCCUCCGAUCUCCACCCUCCGUUAACCCCUCGCAGUCCGAUCCAUCUCGCCGCUCGCUCCGAACCUACAGCUACGGAGGACCCGCCUGGGAAAAACGCCUCCGAGCCUCCGCUAAAAUCCGAUCUUCCAAUAACGGAAUCACCGUUCUAGUCACCGGAGCAGCCGGAUUCGUCGGAACACACGUCUCCUCCGCAUUAAAACGCCGCGGCGACGGCGUCAUCGGCCUCGACAACUUCAACGAUUACUACGAUCCGUCUCUGAAACGAGCGAGACAAGCAUUGCUAGAGAGAAGCGGGAUCUUCAUCGUAGAAGGAGACAUAAACGACGCCGAAUUGCUCCGCAAGCUCUUCAAGAUCGUCCCCUUCACUCACGUUAUGCAUUUAGCUGCUCAAGCCGGAGUACGGUACGCGAUGGAGAAUCCGAGCUCGUAUGUUCACAGCAACAUCGCCGGAUUAGUCAAUCUCCUCGAGAUCUGCAAAUCGGCGAAUCCACAACCUGCGAUCGUCUGGGCUUCGUCUAGCUCCGUCUACGGACUCAACACAAAAGUCCCGUUCUCCGAGAAAGACAGAACGGAUCAGCCGGCGAGUCUAUACGCCGCGACUAAAAAAGCCGGCGAGGAAAUCGCGCACACGUACAACCACAUCUACGGAUUGUCCCUCACGGGGUUGAGGUUUUUCACCGUGUACGGGCCAUGGGGAAGACCAGACAUGGCGUAUUUCUUCUUCACCAAGGAUAUUCUGAAAGGGAAACCGAUCUCGAUUUUCGAAUCGGCGAAUCACGGGACGGUGGCUAGGGAUUUCACUUACAUCGACGAUAUCGUGAAGGGGUGUUUAGGGGCGCUCGAUACGGCGGAGAAGAGUACAGGAAGCGGAGGGAAGAAGAGAGGUCCUGCGCAAUUGAGAGUGUACAACCUCGGAAACACAUCGCCGGUGCCGGUUUCCGAUCUGGUGAGUAUACUGGAGAGGCAAUUGAAAGUGAAGGCGAAGAGGAACUUGAUCAAGAUGCCGCGAAACGGCGACGUUCCGUUCACUCACGCUAAUAUCAGCUUAGCUCAACGCGAGCUUGGUUAUAAACCGACGACGGAUUUGCAGACCGGUUUGAAGAAGUUCGUGAGAUGGUAUCUGAGUUAUUACUCCGGCGAGAAUAUCGCCGCCGCUAGAUGA